AUGGCGGCGAUAAUAACCUUUAUUGGGUUACUUAUUUGUUUCUAUAUUUUACGUUUUUACUAUUGUUAUUUUACUCGUUCAAAUCCACUUCCUGGCCCGUUUCCGCUACCACUUAUUGGUACAUUACUUCAGAUUAAGAUGGACCCUAAUAGAUGGGCUGCUAAGCAUCUUAAAAAAUCUGUAGAUUUGUGGGAGUUUUACUUUGGACAUUUUCGAGUUGUGGCUGUUCAAAACAGUGACUAUUUAGAAAAGUUAAAUAUUUAUCAACCAUCUGAAAGAUCAAAAUUUUUUAAGCGUAGCUUUUCCGGUUCUGAGAAAUUUAAUGCUACAUACAGCUUGAUAUUUAACAUUGAUUAUCAUAAAUGGAGACGAAACAGACAAUUUCUUACGAAAAUCUUAAUGUCAAAAAAAUUCCAAUAUGGUUUUAUAGAUUCUGUUCAGGAAAUAUUUAAGAGAGCUGAAAAGCAGUGGGAUGGAAAGAAUAAUGUAACAUUUGAUCUUUCUGAGUGGAUGUCUUGUUAUAAAAUGGAUGUAUCAUCCUUAACACUCGUCGGACGUCCAUCAUAUAGUUUAGCUUUAUUUGAUAUUAUCGAUAAAAAUAAAUCAACCUUCUUAGCUGAAGAGUCCUUACAACUUGCUAAAGCAGCUCCACAAUAUCUUUCACUGCUUUGUUUUAUGUUGUGUGUACCUAAAUGUGUGGAGGAUAUUGUUAUGCUUGGGUUUAAAACCUUAAUGAAAGAUAACGUAAUUUUUAAUGGUAUAGUAGAUGGUAUCAUUAAGAAACGUAGACAAGAAAUCGAAAAUGGGUCACCU